AUGUCCACUUCGGUAACAUGUGUAGCGCCGGUGAACAUUGCCAUCAUUAAGUACUGGGGAAAGCGUGACGAUGACCUGAUUUUACCGAUAAACGAUUCGAUCAGCGUUACACUCUCGACAGACCACCUCCGCACUAGAACUACGAUAACUGCCGGACCGGAAUUAUCUAAGAAUGUGCUUCGUUUGAAUGGAGUUGAAGAGAGUUUCGAUAACCCUCGGAUUCAACGCUGCCUAACUGAAGUACGAAAAAGAGCUAAAGCAUCUGGAAAAUGUCCCAACCCAGCGAUGAUAGAUUGGAACAUACAUGUUGAGUCGGAGAACAAUUUUCCCACUGCAGCUGGGUUGGCUUCGAGUGCUGCAGGCUACGCUUGUUUCGUUUACACUUUGGCUACGUUGUACGGCAUUGAAUGUGAAGAGCUAAGCGGGAUAGCACGGAUGGGAAGUGGUUCGGCAUGUCGCAGUUUAUAUUCUGGCUACGUACAAUGGGUUCGCGGUGAUCGUUCCGACGGUGCUGAUUCGAUAGCCGUCCAACUGGCACCGGCGUCUACCUGGCCGGAAAUGCAUGUACUAAUUUUGGUCGUCAACGAUCACAAAAAAGCAACCGCAUCUACUCAUGGUAUGGCUACAAGUGUGAAAACUUCCGACUUACUAAAAUAUCGUGCAACCGAGUGUGUUCCGCAGCGUGUGCAGCAGUUGCAAAAGGCUAUACGGGAACACGAUUUCGAAACAUUUGGGCGUCUCGCUAUGAGAGAUAGUAAUCAGUUCCAUGCUGUUUGCUUGGAUACGUACCCACCAUGCUUUUACAUGAAUGAUGUGUCGCGUAAAAUCAUUCAACUGGUGCAUAAAAUCAACAGUUUCGCUAGUGAAAGCAUCAAAGUUGCAUACAGUUUUGACGCAGGCCCGAAUGCAUGCUUGUUUUUACUGGAGAAAGACGUACCCGAGGUAUCAGCCAUCGUUGCUCAUGUCUUUCCAUUUAACCAAUGCACGGAACAGGAAUAUUACAAAGGUAUCCCGAAGGAUGAUGCUGCCAUGAAGGCCAUUCCUAAUGAUGUAUUGGACAAGUACUCGGUAGAUGAACCUAACGCUCUGCGCUACAUUAUUCAUACAAAGGUUGGCGAAGGACCUCAGCGCGUCGAUUAAAAGCUUCAGUUAUGAUUGAUGGUCAUUUGCGUAUAUUUAGAGAAUUUAGAAUCCACUAUUGCUAUGACAGUUGGCCAUUUGCGAAUUGUUAGGGAAUGGGUUUUUUAGGGUCUUUUCAGGGCAUUUUAUAAAGGCUUAUCUAUGCGUGCUAUAAUUUAUUUGUUUUAAUUUUAUACUUAUUGGUUUUUGGAAUAAAAUGUUGGA